CUCAAACCCUCCUUGCUCAUUUGCUCAUCCUUUAACAACCCUCCUUCCUCCGUUUUCAUUUUUCAUCGCCAUGAAGUUUACAAUUCUCGCCGCCUCUGCUGUCGCCAUGCUCGCGUCAUUGGUCUCCGUCAAGAGCGACCCAGCUUCGUGCACACUCUGUCUCCAAAAGGCUCUCCAAACGCUCCCAGCCUGCGCCAACAUCCAACCGACCCCUGGCUCGGUCUCAUCUGCCUUUGCAACCUGCCUGUGCGCGUCCGUGACGAACACUUCCUGGAUCAAUUCCUGCAGCGGCGCAUCGGAUUGCGGCUCGGCUAUUAGUACCUUCAAGGUAUCAUAUGGAGCUAGCAUCAUAGCUGCUGGCCUGCACUGCAGCGGUAGCGGCAGCCCUUCCUUUGCCCCAUCUGCUUGAUAGAGAGCAACCCCAUGCAGUACCCAUGACAAAAGCGCGUCCAGAACACAAUCUCAUAGUUUUGAUAGUUCCAUCUAGUGGCGUAAAAUCUCUG